AUGGGCGAAGCAGCAACGGCCGGUGAAACAGCAAUGGCGAGCCCGACAUCGCUAGCGUACGGGACGCCUGAAAACCGGUCGGCCCGACCUGUGCGUUUGAACUUCGGCGACAUGUUGUCGAACGAGUUGGGUCCUCCUGAGCCCGGUGCUGAGUCGGAGGGUGUGUCGAUGGGUGGUCCGAAUUAUUCGCCUCGAAGCGCGGCGCCGUUGCCGACUUCUCCAUCGCGUUUGAAGGGUCAAAGUGUGUUGGGAGGGAGCAUGUUAGAAGGUCAUGUGCGAAGAUUGUACUGGGCCGAAUCUUGGACGCCAGUAGAUUGGAGUUGUGUGAAAGGGGUGUUAUUGCACGCACACGGGAUCACAGAGAAUGCUCGUACGGGCAUGAUCCGCUCACGUGCGACUGAACAGGUUUUGGGGCCUGGCGAUCAUGCACACACUGGUGCCCUCACCGAGCAACAACAGCUGGAGUUAAAACGGGCCUGUGAAAGCGACGAAGGCUGUGCCCUCGUCUUCCGUAAUUCCUGGGUCGACUUACUCACGCAAGCCGGCUACGUCGUCUACGCCAUCGACAAUCAAGGACACGGCUACAGUCAAGGCUGGCGAGGUGACCGCUGCAACGUUGAACGACUUUCACACAUGGAAGAAGACAUACUCCAACUCAUUAGAAGUCUCCUUGCAUCGGGAGAAGUACCUGAGCAAGUGCCCUUUUUUGUCUCCGGACUCUCCCUCGGUGGAUUAAUUACUGCCCGCGCAUUGGAGAUCGGUUUCGAACGUAAGCUACUUACCACCCGCAAAGCCGCUUACAAUCAGUCUGACUCGAAGCUGGGGGACGCCGUUUCGGGUGCCCUUCCGGGUACCGUUCCGGGUACCGUUCCGGGUACCGUUCCGGGUACCGUUCCGGGUACCGUUCCGGGUACCGUUCCAGGUACCGUUCCGGGUGCCAUCAAGGUCCCGGGUUCGAAACCAAUCGUGCCCAUGAUUGACGGGUGGGUACUAUUAUGCCCAGCCAUAAGCGGCGAACGCCUCAAGAAGAAGUUCCCUAACCAAAUUUUACUACCCGUGAUGCAUGUGAUCUCUGCAGCCACUCCUUCUCUACGUGCAGCAUCACUUCAAAAUGUGACACCAUACCCCUUCAUUUCGGAACUCAUCGUUCGUGAUCCCCUGGUAUUUGAUUCUAAGCUACCCAUUAGAAUUUCCGCAGAAUCAGUCAUUGAGAUGGAUAGAGUUCUGCCCUCCGCCCUUUCGCUACCGCCAGAACUCUCCGUCUUCUUGAUCCAGUCCAGAUUCGAUACCAUGACCGACCCCGAGGGAUCCGCACUAUUCAUGGACACCAUUCGAUGCCAGGACAAAACUAGCUUCUGGCUCAACUACUCAUGGCACUGGCUCGGCAAGGAACCAGGCUACGGCUGCACCAUACGUACAGUCAUAGCAUGGCUCGACAAACACUGCAACAGUAGCUAUGACAAUCAAGGCAUUGUUGACGGCCAAGUUGAUGACAAUUGA